ACCAAACAGAUAUACUUUCACUUGUUGCACAUUUUCUUCUUGUGCAUCCUCUGCAUCUCCACAGACACAAACACUUCACUUUUGCAUCACAUUCUUUGCAUAUAACUUAAGUUACACUUGCUGCAAACAUGGCUAGCAUCAGCUGCUGCGCUCUUGCCUGCAUCGUUCUCUUCUACGUGUCGGUACCGGUAUCAGCUCAUGUUGAAUUCUCAGAGAAAGUGACAGAUAACCCUGCUGAUAAGCUAGUCGCGGAGCUUAACAGUAAUAGAACUGCACGAAAAGGAUCAUCAGCACUCUUUAACAAUCCGGGCCUGGCAUGCAUAGCCCUGCAGUACAUAAAGGCAUACGGAGGAGAUUGUGAUUCAGUGGGAGGGAAAAACGCCAAGAAGCCUCCUGAUGCUGAAAUUGCUGAAACCUUUGCCCCCAACUGCGGUGUUGAGGUCUCAUCACUAGCCCCUUUCACUGGACGUCUACUCGGAUGCCAGUCAAAGUAUAUCCAGCCUAAGCAAGCAUUCUCAGACAUCCUAGUGACAAAUGACAAGGCCUUGGAAAUUGUCCACAACAGUAACCACUCUGAGGUGGGUGCAGGUGUUAGCGGGGCAGAUGGAGGAGGUCCGUAUUUUUGGUGUGUUCUGUUCAGCAAUGGCAAAGGCAACAGCAGCUUCGCUUUUGAAGGAGGUGUGGCUAAGUCAACCAGACCCGGAUGUUACAGUGGUGCCAAUGAUGAUUGCAGUGGAAGCUAUAGUUUCUUUCGCCAUCCUCGUCUCUGGCCUAUACUCGUUGGAGCUUUCAUUGUAAUGAGUUAUGCCUCUCUGGUGUGACCUUUUACCUGCAGUCUUGGCUUCUCUCUGCCCAAUUUUAGGCCUUUUUUCGUUAAGCUGUACUUGAUAAUUUCCUUUUGAAUUUCUCAUGUCCAUCUAGUUUGAUGAGCUUUA